AUGAACAUUAAACAUGGAGGAAUGAGGAGCGGCGGUAGAUCAGUUUGGGAUGCAUCUUCAGGGGAUGUUGAAACAACAACAGCAUAUGGUUUUCUCUACAACCCUUUCAUCCUUUCUGCCCAAGCCCAGGAAGUUGUCAGGGGUGAAGAGCCUAGUAUAGACAUUCUAGAACCAGUCAUAAUUAUGGAAGAUCCAACUUCAAGCACAAAUGGGGAGAAGAGAAAAAGUCCCUGUGAAUCAAGUAACAAAGAAAGUGAUGAGCAGAAGCAGGAGACACUGAAAACAGUCUUGGCUCCUGAACAAAGUGUGAAAAAGACCAAAAAAUCAAAAUAUUCAACAAUAUUAGAGUUUUCCUACAAGAAGGAUGAGAAAACAAAUUCAAAUCAACUGGAGAAAGACCAGUCUGAAGAGAAGUCUACUGAUCCAGUCCAAGAGAAGAUGGACAAAGACCUAGACGCGUCUGAAGGAUCUUCACAUGAGGAUAAAGAUCUAGACUUAUGGCAAGUAUCUUCACUAGAGGAUGAAGACCAAGACGACUCAUCUGAAGGAUGUUCACAGGAGUACGAAUGGGUGACUUCCCGGGGCUCCAAUCACCAGCCAAAAGGGCACCCGGACCGGUGUAUUUUGUUAUGGAGAACUGGCGAACCACUGCUCCGGUGCGCCGACAAAGCAGCCACGCAGGUCAAAACAGCAGCACCGGCCGGCACAGCCGUGCUGGCGGAAACAGCUGCGCUGACGCUGGAGACACUGAACAGAGCUUUAGCCUCUGAACAAAGUUUGAAGAAGACCAAAAAAUCACAAUAUCCAACAAUAUUAGUGUUUUACUACAGGAACCAUAAGAAAAUAAAUUCAAAUCAAAUAGAGAAUGACCAGUCCCGAGACAACUCCAUCAAUCCAAUCCAAGAUGAGGAGGACAAAGACCUAGACCCAUGUGAAGGAACUUCACAGAAGGACGAAGACCUAGACUCAUGGGAAGGAUAUUCACAAGAGGAUGAAGACCUAGAUGACCCAGCUGAAGGAUGUUCACAGGAGGCCGAUGACAUCGACUCAUGUGAAGGAUAUUCACAAGAGGAUGAAGACCUCAACUCAUGUGAAGGAUAUUCACAGAAGGACGAAGACCUCGACCCAUGGGAAGGAUCUUCACAGAAGGAAGAAGACCUCGACUCAUGUGAAGGAUCUUCACAGAAGGAAGAAGACCUCGACCCAUGGGAAGGAUCUUCACAGAAGGACGAAGAUCUUGACUCAUGGGAAGGAUCCUCACAGAAGGAAGAAGACCUCGACCCAUGGGAAGGAUCUUCACAGAAGGACGAAGAUCUUGACUCAUGGGAAGGAUCUUCACAGAAGGACGAAGACCUCGACUCAUGUGAAGGAUCUUCACAGAAGGACGAAGACCUCAACUCAUGUGAAGGAUUUUCACACAAGGAUGAAGACCUCGACCCAUGGGAAGGAUCUUCACAGAAGGACGAAGACCUCGACUCAUGUGAAGGAUCUUCACAGAAGGACGAAGACCUCGACCCAUGGGAAGGAUCUUCACAGAAGGACGAAGAGCUCGACUCAUAUGAAGGAUCUUCACAGAAGGAUGAAGACCUCGACCCAUGGGAAGGAUCUUCACAGGAGGGUGGGCAGGAUUAG